AUGAUGCAACUGCCUAAAUUACUUAUCUCUUCGACAAAUUUAUCCUCAACUUCACCAUCUCCUUCAUCAGCAGUACCUUAUGAUAUUGUAAUAUCAGGAUCAUCAUCAGCAUCGAAGAAACGCAGACGGCAGUUUAGUUCAGAGAGUUGUCUGUCCUCUCCAUCACAUGCUUACAGCGUUGUUGAACAUGAUGUGGUGGUUAAGAAACGGAGACAUUCACAAAAGAAAAAAGAUAAGCGGAAACGUCGUCAUGAACAAAUUUCUGACUAUCAAGAACAACAACAUCAUCAUCGACAUCAUCGGGACCAUCAUCAGCAUCACCAGCAUCAUGGAAAGAGUGGAUACGCUUCAUCUUUUGAAGAGUAUAACACUUUAAGUAUGAAUAAGAUUCGUCGACGGAGCGGUUCCUCAUCAGCAUCGCAUACCUCAUCUACCUCAUCAUCCUCCUGCUCCUCUUCCUCUGCGUCCUCUUCAUCGACAUCGUCUUUAUCACCGACAAUUCUAUCGAAUACAAUAUCACCUCCUAAUCAAGAGGAAGGAUUUCCUCGACUAGCCCCACUACGUAUCCAUUUACCUAGAUCAAUUACUUCACAGUUAUCUGCAUCAGAGUCUUGUAUAGAUAAUCAAUCAUUUAUCGAUCAUACAACUAGUGGUGGGGUUGGUCAACGAAUAGCAUCUUGUGGAAUGAAUUACAGGAGUACUUAUACUACUAAUAAUAAUGGUAAUAGUAAUAAUAGUGUUGUAAUUGAUCAUAAUGCCAAUACAAGUCAUAUCCAGAUAAAUCAUUCCACAAAACGAAUCCAUUUAGUUCCAGAAAUGUGUAUUACAGAUAUUACAGUGAAUGGUUUAACGAUAAGUAUUAAAGAAUGCAGUGGACCUAGAAAUUUCUUUGGGAUACCAACUAGUCAAGUUGUUCAAUAUAACUCACCUUCAUCCUCCGCGUCGAUAAAGAAGUCUGGAGAUACUUCUAUCGGUGAUGAGUAUACCACACCAACUACUACUACAACGACAACUAGUAGUACUUCAACAACCACGACGACAACAACGAGUUCGUCAGCUGCCUCCGCUGGUGCUUCUGGUGCUGCUGCUUCCACGUUGAAUAGCACGACUUCAUCAUCGUCGACAAAUACAACCAGUACACCGCCGACAACAAAUAAUAAUACGCAUUCAUCUACUACACGUACUGUUAAACCAUUAUGUGUUGUUAGUUUAAAAGAGCAGAAUGUUUUAACGACGUCGAUAUUGUCACACACCACCACCACCACCAGCGUCGACAAAGUUAGAAUCCUCUGGAGUUUAUCAAACACCACCACUGACUGA